GACGGCGAGGGGACACGCGGCGGCGGCAACGGCGGCGGCCAUCGAUGCUGCUUGCCUUGGCCCGACGAGAGCUUUGAAUGGUAUUUUGACGUUUCGAGAAAAAACUUUGGCCUUGUGAUGAAGCGCGAUCCGUGUAUUCACAACGGUAGUGUGGUGCGAGUGUGUCGAGUGUGUCUCGUAACGUGGAAUAUUGCGACGCCAUUUACGUUUCACCGUUCGUGUUGAAAAAUCUAAACGCAGAUUUCGACGGCGACGCUGUCACCGUCAUGAUUGUUCGCGGGAUCGAAGCGUCGCUAGAGAUCGAAGAAUGUAUGAGUGAACCCAUGCUGUACGGCUCUGGACCGCGUUUCACAUUCUGUCAGUCCCUGAUUUUUCGUAUCUUUCGCCGUUUGGCAUUCGAUGACGAGACGGACGAACGACGCGCUUUCCGAGAUCCCUCGAACAUAUCUGCAACUUUGGCCCGUCGUACACUCGAGUCUCGCCUCGACCUGUGGGGGAGAUGCAACGACAGAGCACGGGCUCGAGCUCGCCGCAUCUUUGGUCGCUGGUACGACUGUUACAUCACUGUGCUAGCACGCGCGUGGAAUCGCGGAGGGAUAGCGAUGGCCACGUUGGUCCACUCAAGCCCGAGCACCAGCAGCGAGCCGUGGAACCACCCGAACACAAGUCGUCACUAAGCCAGCCCACCAAGAAUGACGAAAAUGAAGAGUGGGAAGAAGAGUACGGUGACGUUGCAGUCUGGCGUGGACUAUCGAUAUUGGAUUACACACUGUCAUUGGCUAUCGUUCGUGGAGCUACAGACACCGAGGGAACUCGAGUAUCGUCGAUACCUGGACGAUUUCAUUUCGGUCAGCAAAAACGUGCCUAAAACAUCGUACUUUGCCAGCGGACUGAAAUGGGUGGUGCAAACGUGUGACGUGAACAACGGCGACCUGCUGAUGAGAGGACGUUUGCUACUGAGCAAUCUGGAUUACUAUUUACGAGACGUGGAACGUGAUUUUUUGUUAGCUAUGUAAUACCAUUGUAAUCGUAAUAUUCAUUGUAAUCGUAAUAUUCGGU